UGUUUCGCCGACAUAACCUCUCAAGAAUAUGAAAUUAAAGUUCAAUAACAUAAUAUUGAUGAAGAGCUAACCAAAAAUACGUAGUCAAUAAUGAUAUUUCAAAUUGUACUGAUAGUGAGCACUAUCAAGUGCUUAUUUAUUCCUCUUUACCACUCAACGGAUUUCGAGGUUCACAGAAACUGGUUAGCAAUAACACACAACCUCUCCAUCAGCGAAUGGUACUAUGACGCUACAUCAGAAUGGACUCUGGAUUACCCACCAUUCUUUGCUUGGCUGGAAUAUUCCUUAUCAUUUGUGGCGAAGUUGUUUGAUCCCCGGAUGUUGCACAUAGAUAAUUUAAACUAUGCAUCGGAUAUGACUGUGAUUUUCCAAAGAUUAACUGUAAUUGUUUUAGAUUUGGUUUAUAUUGCUAGUGCUAAGAGUUGUGCAAAUCUUAUUAGUGAUGGUAAGCUGCUUGUGUUUAUUCUGCUAGUGUCUAACCCGGGGCUGCUGAUGGUAGAUCACAUACAUUUUCAAUACAAUGGAUUUUUGUAUGGCUUUCUUCUCUAUUCCAUGUCAAAUAUGAUAAGAGGUAAUUAUGUGUCUGCAGCGCUAUGGUUUGCAGUGCUGCUGAACUUAAAGCACAUCUACCUAUAUGUGGCACCCGUGUACGUUGUACACUUGCUCAGAGCGUAUUGCUUUACCAUAUCAACAAACGAUGGUGUGCACACCCCAUGGUACUCUUUUUCCUUCGUGAACUUGCUGAAAUUGGGAAUAACUGUCACUACAGUGUUUGCUCUAUCAUUUGGACCAUUUUUGAACCAUAUACCACAGAUAAUUUCAAGAUUGUUUCCAUUUAAAAGAGGCUUGUGCCACGCAUACUGGGCUCCAAAUUUCUGGGCACUCUACAAUUUUUCAGACAAGGUGCUGCAGCAUGCUCUACCGCGGGCAGGCAUAGCGGUGCCAAAGGUGGAGGCUUCAAUGACGGGUGGGCUGGUGCAGGAGUUUGACCACGUGGUGCUUCCAUCCAUAAAGCCCGUCCACACCAUGGCACUGACCGCCAUUUUCAUGAUACCGGCUCUGGUAAAACUUUGGCACCUUGGAGCUGACAGAAAGUACAGAACUGUUAGUUUUGUGAGAUGUCUGGUAUUAUGUGCUACUACGUCGUUCAUGUUCAGCUGGCAUGUUCAUGAAAAGGCUAUCCUUUUAAUUUUGAUACCAUUAAGUUUCUUGUCGGUACUCGGAGAUGUUGACGGAAGACUAUUUCUUCUUCUGUCUCCCAUCGGACACUACUCUUUAUUCCCUUUACUAUAUCCAAAAAGUCUCCUAUCCAUCAAAAUAUUCAUGUUGUUAACUCAUAGCGCUAUUGCCUUUGGGAAUAUACCAAGAUUAUAUGAGCAGCCUGUAAAGCUAAGGAAAAAACCUCGACGUGGUUUCUUACGCCUUCCUAUGCUGGGUCAUGUGGAAUCGUUGUACGUUUAUGGUUUAAUACUACUGUGCGUUUACGAGAAUUUCAUUCAUACUUUGUGGGGUUUGGACAAAACUCUACCAUUUUUGCCUCUGAUGAUGACUUCGGUUUAUUGCGCUCUCGGAGUUGCGUAUUUCUGGAUUUCAUAUUAUUAUUAUUUCCUUUACUUUAACGUGAGCAGGGUGCCAAUGUUGGGCACAGGAAACCUAACGCAGUAUGCUAAGAGUAAAAUAAACUAGGUUGUGUU